AUGUGUGGUGCCCGGCGCCCCUGCGACUCGGAGCGCGAGGCGCGCAGCAUCAACGACGUCGGCCUGCAGUUCAAGUUCCUGCUGCCGGCCAGCGUGGUGGGGGCGGUGCUGGGCCGCGGCGGCGCCACCGUGGCCGCCAUCAAGCGCGAGACGGGCGCGUACGUGCAGUUCACGCGCCCCGGCACUGCCACCAACUCCCCCAGGGAGCGCAUGAUGAUUGUGGCUGUGGAGAACAAGGAGCAGCUGGCGGGGACGAUUGGCAUGGUGCUGGACGCGAUUGCCGGGGAGGGCGCGAUCGACAAGCUGCGCACCAAGUCGUUUGCCGCCGACAAGCUCUUCAUCCAGCAAGUCAUCCCCGCCAUGUGCGCGGGCAAGGUGAUGGGCCCCGGCGGCGAGGCCAUCAAGGCCCUCAGCGAGCGCACCGGCUGCAGCGUGGUGGUGGAGGGCAAGUCGCCCAACGCAGCCUUUGUGCCCUUCCGCCUCGUCAAUUACCUGGCCCCCGGGUCGGAGGAGAUCUCGGCGGCGGUGGCCGAGGUGGUGGACCUCAUCUGCCAGGAGGAGAAGUACGAAGCAAUCAUCCGGGAGCUGUCCAGUGUGUGCUUCCGCAUCAUCGAGAUCCCUGAGCGGCGCGUGGGCGCGCUGCUGGGCCCCAACGGCUCCCACAUCAAAAACCUGCAGGAGGUGCUGCGCUGCAAGAUGGGCGUGGCUGACAACUCCAACAAGCCCGGCAGCCGCUUCGUCAGCAUCUGGGGCGCCCCGCUGAACGUCAAGGUGGCUGUGGAUGUGGUCAUGCUGGCCACAGGCCUCCUGCAGCAGCAGCUAGCGGCAGACGGCGGCAGUGCGCCCAGCACGCCCCGCAGCACCCGCUUCCCCAGCAGCCUCUCGCCCUCGGUCAACGGCGAUGCGGAGUGAGGUCGCGGCGCGCCGCCUGUCGGCGCGCCCCCGGAGCACACGACGGCGGCGUGUGGGCGGCAAAGGCCUCCGUUGGCGAGGCCUCGCCUGUUCGCGCGCCCGCACCCACCCAUUCACUCCCUUCUCUGCCUGUGGCGUGGGGGCUGGACGCAUGGCUGCGCCCCCGCACACACGGCGCCCGUGUCUGGUGCUGCUUGAUAUUAACACGUUUCUCAAUGCCUUGAAGCCUCCGCUGCACGGCCGGCGGGCGGCCGGCGCAUGGCCGGCCGGCCCCCCAGUCACACUAGACCCGCUUUUUUCCAACUCUGUAUACCCUUCCCAUCCUCUCUGUUCUCGUUUCGCUGUUUGUUUCCCCGUCCCUAGGUAGGCAGCACUGAUUUGGAGAUUGGAAAUUGGGCACUUGAUGGUGCCAGCACCGCACCUCCUGCCUUGCACGCAGCCGCAGCAAUACGUACCCAUGCGGGCGCGUGGCGUGCCUCCCCGCCUCUCUCAGACUCUCCCCAACGCUCCUCAACGAUUUUAUUGUCAUCAUGCUCAUAUCAAUUUCCUUGACUCACGCCGCGGCUUGCCUUAUAUUGCCGUAACUGCGCGCACACACCAUCUCGCAGUGUAAGCCACUCUCUACUUUGACC